GAUUUUCAGUUCAGAGCGCUGAAGAAGGUCCGCAUCUUCGAUGCUCCUGAAGAUCUUCCCAAAGAGCGCUCCAGCCUCCUUGCAGUGUCUAACAAAUAUGGGCUGGUCUUUGCUGGUGGAGGAACCAGCCUGCAGAUCUUUCAUACCAGAAAUCUCCUCAUGCAAAACCAGCCAGGAGAAGAUCCUAAUAAAAUUGUGGAGAAUGUUCAAAGUACCUUAGUUCCCAUGAAGUUUCCUGUGCAGCACCUGGCUCUAAGCUGUGAUAAUCUCACGCUGUCUGUCUGCAUGAUGUCCAGUGAGAUCGGCUCCUUCAUUGGCUUUUUUGAUGUUCGCACGUUCUUAAACCAGGCAAAACAGCAGAAACGUGCAUUUGCUUAUCACAAACUGGCCAAGGAUUCGGGAAGCGCUGCGCUGGUCAAUGACCUGAAGUGGAACCCUGCUAGUCCUGCCAUGGUGGCCAUCUGCCUGUCCGAUGGCAGCAUCUCUGUCCUGCAGGUCACGGACUCGGUGAAAGUGUACGCCACGCUGCCUUCCUCGGUGGCUGUUACAUCUGUGUGUUGGAGCCCAAAGGGAAAACAGCUGGCAGUAGGGAGGCAAAAUGGCACCGUGGUGCAAUAUCUGCCUAAUCUGCAGGAGAAGAAGGUAAUCCCUUGUCCUCCAUUUUAUGACUCAGACAAUCCUGUUAAAGUUCUGGAUGUGCUGUGGAUUGGCACCUAUGUGUUUACUAUUGUGUAUGCGGCGGCUGAUGGGACCCUGGAAACUCCUCCAGAAGUGGUCAUAGCCAUAUUGCCCAAAAAGGAAGAGAAGCGACCAGAGAAGUUUGUGAAUUUCAUGGAGCCUUGCUAUGGGAGCUGCACGGAGAGACAGCAUCAUUAUUUCCUCAACUAUGUUGAGGAAUGGUGA